CACCAGCCUUUCCUCCAGCGCAGUCCCUCUCACCGUGGGCUGGAGGAGAAGGAGGUGCAGCUGCCACAGGGCUUGGUCCAAGGAAGACAGAUCCCCGCCAGCCGUCCGCUGCAGAAAAAUCCCUGCUGGCCAGGGGGGCGGCUGGCUGGGACACGCUGGGAUGGGACCCGUCCCGGAGGAACAAGACCAGCUGCAGGGAGACGUCUCAUCGGGUUAGCUCUCGCCAGUGGAGGGGCAGAGACCCACGCUUGCAUCCCCGUGUCCAUCCACCCUCAACACACCAGAGGGAACACGAGCCCCCAGCCCAGGGCCAGGGGAGCAUCCUCCUGUCCCCCCUCACACCGGCUGGCGAGGGAACAGCGAACUCCACAAUUUACCAGCGAGCGAUGACAUCUGGAAAGAAACAUUUAAAAUACAGUUUGCUGUACAAAGCAGAGCCCCGAGGCAGCAGCUGGUGCAGAACAGAGACCCUGUGGCCGCAGGCUUAGUGCCCUGCCGCCUUCUUGCCCUCUCACAGCCGUGACCGGUGUGACGUGAUAAAUCACACCGAUUUUGCUCUAUUAGCCAGCACCACCCCUCCUGAGGAGGAGAGGAAGGUCCUCAGCUGCCACCACAUGGUCUUGGGAACUUGUAUAUUGAGUGAGAAAGGGGGGUCUUGCAGGGCUGGGGAUAAAAAGCGAGAGAGCCUGCAAGUGCACAACAAAUCCGAGCUCCGAGGGCAAAGCGGUGAAGGUGGGUCACUUCGCUCCCUGCAGCUCCCGGCUGGAAGGCGAGGGGUUAAAAUUGCCUCUGGGUCUCGAAUGACAUCAGAUACCCCAGAUCAGGCCCAAACUGAAGGUGGGUUGAUGCUGGAGGCUCAGGCUGACUGAAUUCCCCUCUCAGAUCGCUGAGGCGUGCAAUUUGCAAAUAGAUAAUCAGAUGAGUCUGGCUGCUGCGGUUUCCUGGAGUUCAGUCUCGGGCUAUAAAACCUUGCUGGGAGCAGGAAGAGACCCCAGCUGCAGCCUCACCUCUAAGGGAUCCACUGAGGCAGAGAACACGAUGAAGCACCAGCAGAAACUCCUGCUCUCCCUCCUGCUGAUGGCGUGUCCCCCAGCUAAAACCAGUAAUUCCUGGAAUCGGAUGGAGGGAGGAGGUGAAGCCAAGGCUCACUCCACCCCCUACAUGGCCUAUCUGCAAGGAACCAACAACCGUUUCUGUGGAGGCUUCCUAGUGGCCCCAAACUGGGUGAUGACAGCGGCUCAGUGCUUCGAACACAAACCCCUGACUGUGAUCCUUGGAGCCCACACCAUCCAGAAGCGAGAAGAAAGCUGGCAAACAUUCGAAGUCCAAGAGUAUCACUGUCACCCCGACUUCAUGAGCCCGAAGAAAGGAAACGACAUCCUCCUCCUGAAGCUGAAAGGUAAUGCCACCAGCAACAGCUACGUCAGGACCAUUCCCUUUGAAAAAUCCAGAGUCCGCGGUGGGACUGCGUGCAGCAUAGCCGGCUGGGGCUACAAAACGCCCGCUGCCACGUUACGCGAAGCCACUGUCACCAUCAUCAAACAAAGGGACUGCCUCAACCGCUACCCUGGGCUUGCUGAAAACUUGAUUUGUGGCCACAGCAGUGGAUCUGCUGGGGCACCUGAGAAGGGCGAUGCUGGGGAUCCACUCGUCUGCAACAACAAAGCCUACGGCAUCUUCUCCUAUAGGCAUGACAAUUGGCCGGGUUUCUACACGCACAUCGCUCCUUUCCUUCCCUGGGUCAACAGCGUCAUGAAGUCAGCGUGACCCGCCCCUCCCCGCAGCUGCUGCCCUGCAAAGCUCAUGCUUCAGGGCCCCCUGCCCACUUGCUUUUUCUUCCUUUCUCCCUGGGAAACGUCUUCCACUGAUGCUCACGGACAUGGCAAGGACUUCUCUGUGGCAAAGCCAAACAGCGGCGCGGGGCUCAGCGCAGAGGUCGCAUCUUGACUGCGUUUGCUCCCUAGGCCAGCCGCGGAGUGCCGUUUGCACAGUGCGUGCCGUUCGCACCGUGUGUGCCGUUUGCACCGUGUGUGCCUUUUGCACUGUGCGUGCCGCCAGACUUUGCUGCUCUGAUUUUACCCCCUUCGUCAAGCUGCUUGUGGCUACAGCUGCAGAGAGGAGCAGCAGGACAGCCCUGCGGGAGGUGACGGUAGCUGUUGGGAUGUGUGCUGCCCGCUGGGGAAGGCAACACGAUCAGGUGGGGGCAACCAAAGAGCAGCUUCUCCUUGCCCCUUGGGUUUGUGGCGUCAGAUGCCUGCUGUCCUUUGCCCAAGCCCCAGGGUUAGAGGGUUGCCCCAGCUCCAAGGAGGAUCCUUUCAGCUCCUGCUUCACUACUGCUGCUGCUGUCCCCUACCUCUGAAACCUGCUGCCUCCUUUCCUCUUGCUGUAGCUCCGGUGUUGUACGAAUACCUAAACCCAAUAAAUCGCAUCCGCACUGGA